ACAUUAAUUUAACUUCUAGAAUAAUUUGAAUGAAUUCCCGUCGAAACGCCCCUGAAGUAAAAGUUUGCCAAGCGGAAGUUCGCGCGGUAGGAAAUCGGAAAAAGUCGAACGAGUGAGAAAUACAGUAUAUAAUAAUCGUUUAUCUUGCUGUGCAGCGAGAGAGUAUUUUGAAAAUGGACACUCACGUUAAGGAGGGACAACUGUACGUCCAGCAUCAGAAGUUUGGAAAGAAAUGGAAGAAGAACUGGUUUGUACUCUACCCAGCGAGUCAAAACGGCAUUGCACGGCUUGAGUUUUAUGAUUGCUCGGGCAGCGCUAAUGAUAAACCUAGCACUAAGAAAAUGGACAAGAAGAUCAUUCGUCUGUCAGAAUGCAUCAGCAUACUUCCUGCUGUCACUGAAACCUGCCCCAAAGAAAACAUGGCCGCCUUCUGUGUGGAGACCAAUGACAAGACCUAUGUCUUUGCAGCUGAGAAAAAUAUUACCAAUGAGUGGGUGGAGAAGAUGUGCGAGAUUGCUUUUCAGGGAGGAAGUGGUUCUCUUGGUAGUAUUGACUCAAAUGGACAGCAAGAGCUUCAAAUGGCAGAGAAUCUCAUUUAUUUCUCCAGAGAGGAAGUUAAUGAGUUUUGGGUGAGUGUCCAGAGGACAGAAGCAUCAGAGCGCUGUGGUCUUUCUGGUAAUUACUGGCUUAGGGCUAAUGUGGACAACCUUAUCCUGAAGGACCCCAAGACUAAAAAGCAUUUACUUGUAUGGCCCUACAAGCUUCUCCGGCGCUAUGGAAGAGACAGGGUUAUGUUCUCUUUUGAAGCCGGACGAAGAUGUGAAUCUGGGCCGGGGAGCUUCACCUUCGAGACAAAGCAGGGAAAUGAAAUAUUCCACAUUGUUGAGGAAUCCAUUCGGGAGCAGAAAGCCCAAGCUGAAGAACGACACCAAAGUUGUCCAUCAUUAGACUCAGACUGCCCAGCUCUCCAGCAGAUCCGUGCUGCCAUCUCAGAAGCAAACAGUCGUGAACCAGAUGGAGAUUCUGGUGGUAGCAAGCCUGGGUCUGCAGAUGGUGUCUUUGGUAGAAAGGAGAACGAUGGGAAAAAUUUAAAGGGCCGAAGCCUUCCAGAGCCGCCACCUCCCGUUGGUGGGACCCCGCCGCGAUCUCCCAUGCCACGUGGGUCCAAAAAUCUGUUAGAGGACCAAGGGAGUCUAUACUCGGAGCCUGCUGACUCGGUCCGUUCGCUGCCCAGCCCAGGAGACUGUUUGUACUCUGACCCGGUAGACAGUAUCAAAGUCAUGCCCACUCCUAACCCACGUCUCAGGCCGACUGGCGAUGAUGGGGGUAGCCGCAACCCAGGCAUCAAGCCUGAUCCAUUCUAUUCAGACAUCUAUGAUCAGAUCAGUCUGGACUUGGUUCAGAGGACAGUGGGAUUGGGACUCGAUGGGCAAAGUAGGCACCCUGCAGAUGGAGGUCCUACAGAGCACAUCUACGAUGAGCCAGAGGGACGUGCUGGAUCUGCACUGCCUAUUAUCACGCUUUAUGAUGAAGCACGGUUGGAAAUGCAUCCCUGGAGAACCAGGGGAACGGAGGAGCCUCAAGGUCACGAGGUGGCUCAACAACCACUGCCAGUGCCCAGACCAAAAGGCCCCAAACCUGUCACAGCACCCAAACCAGGCAAAGUAGCACUGCCCAAGAAAGACCCUCCUCCGUUGCCUCAAAUUAAAGGCAGUGUUAACCUGAACAACAAUAACAGUAGCAACAGCCACAACAGCACGGAAGGUGGCAGAAGAGGUGCUGGUGCAGGAAAUGUGGAGAUUUACAGUAAAGUAUCUAGACAUCAGCCACCUCCAAAUGCGUGGCAUCCUACCAUGCAGUCUCCAGACAUCAUCUAUGACAACUUGGGUGACAUUUGACCUAACCUUUCAAUUUAGGCAGUCUGGUCUCCUUUUCCUUAACCCUUAGAUCUUUAAUUUAAGGAAAUGUGU